UUUGUACGCCUGAAAGCCCGUGAGCUGCAGCGAGCGGGGCAGGAACCAGAUCUGUCCUUCCAUGUGUUCGGCGGAGUCAAGGAGCCUAUGGCCCGUAUCUACCCAUCUGGGAUAGGCCCAGGAACGGCCGGCACGGACCCAGCCCCGCCCGCGCCCCCGACCCUCGGGAAAGGAUGGGGGAAUGAGGGACGACAGAUGGACGGUGCUCCUUUCCGGCCCGGGGGUCUCCCAAACGGGGCGGAGGAAGGCCGCCGGCCCCUUUCCGCCCUCAGGGGCCCCCCGGUGUUAUGCUCCCCUCUCGGGAAGGGAGCCGCCCCUAGUCAGGGAAGGAUAUCACCAAAGACCAGACUCCCCCGGCCUGAAUCGCAGACGGUGAUGCCCGGGGGAAGGCUGAGGGGCCUGGAGGCUCCCGAUCCGGGCCCGGGCCCAUCGUUCCCCACCGGCUCUUUCACUAGUUCCUUGUCAAAAAAGACGAAGCGGCGCCACUGCAGGCGCCCAGUGGCUGAAAUGGACCGAAAGGGAAGAGCCGGGCGGCUGCCCUGCUGGGCCCUGCUCGCGGUGUUCCUGGCCAACCUGCUGGCGCUGACUGACACUCUUGCGGUGAUGUCUGUGGAUCUGGGCAGCGAAUCAAUGAAGGUGGCCAUCGUCAAGCCUGGUGUGCCCAUGGAAAUCGUCCUAAACAAGGAAUCCCGGAGGAAAACACCUGUAGUUGUAGCCCUGAAAGAGAAUGAAAGAUUCUUUGGGGAUAGUGCAGCAAGCAUGGCCAUCAAGAAUCCAAAGGCUACAGUGCGGUACUUCCAGGACCUGUUGGGAAAGCGGAGUGACAACCCACAUGUAGCACUUUACCGGGAUCGCUUUCCUGAGCAGGAGUUGGGUACCGACCCCCACAGGCAGACUGUUCGAUUCCACCUGAGCCCGCAGCUCCAGUUCUCUCCAGAGGAGGUGUUGGGCAUGGUUCUCAAUUACUCUCGCUCCCUAGCUGAGGAUUUUGCUGAGCAGCCCAUCAAGGAUGUAGUGAUUACUGUGCCAGCCUUCUUCAACCAGGCUGAGCGCCGGGCUGUACUGCAGGCUGCCCGAAUGGCCGACCUGAAGGUGUUACAGCUCAUUAAUGCCAACACUGCCACCGCCCUCAGCUAUGGAGUCUUCCGCCGCAAAGACAUCAAUGCUACUGCCCAGAAUGUGAUGUUUUAUGACAUGGGCGCGGGGAGCACAGUGUGUACCAUCGUCACCUAUCAAACAGUGAAAACCAAGGAAGCUGGUACCCAGCCCCAGCUGCAGAUCCGUGGUGUGGGGUUUGACCGAACUCUCGGGGGCCUGGAGAUGGAAUUGCGACUGCGGAAGCAUUUGGCAAAACUCUUCAAUGAGCAACGCAAGGGACAGGGGGCAAAGGAUGUUCAGGAAAACCCUCGGGCCAUGGCCAAGCUACUUCGUGAAGCCAACCGGCUCAAAACCAUCCUGAGUGCUAAUGCUGACCACAUGGCACAGAUUGAAGGGCUGAUGGAUGACGUGGACUUCAAGGCAAAAGUGACACGGGUGGAGUUUGAGGAGCUGUGUGGGGACCUGUUUGAUCGGGUGCCUGGGCCUGUGCAGCAGGCUCUCAGCAGUGCUGAAAUGAACUUGGAUGAGAUUGAACAGGUGAUCCUGGUGGGUGGGGCCACUCGGGUCCCCAAAGUACAGGAGGUGUUGUUGAAAGCUGUGGGCAAGGAGGAGUUAGGGAAGAACAUCAAUGCUGAUGAAGCAGCCGCCAUGGGUGCUGUGUACCAGGCUGCCGCCCUGAGCAAGGCCUUCAAAGUAAAGCCCUUUGGUGUUCGGGAUGCCACAGUCUAUCCCAUCCAGGUGGAGUUCACAAGAGAAGUAGAGGAGGCUGGUCCUCGGAGCCUGAAACAUAACAAACGGGUUCUGUUCUCUCGAAUGGGACCCUAUCCUCAGAGAAAAGUCAUUACUUUUAACCGCUACAAUGAUGACUUCCAUUUCCACGUGAACUACGGUGACAUGGGCUUCUUGGGGCCUGAGGAUCUUAGAGUGUUUGGCUCCCUGAACUUGACCACAGUGAAGCUAAAAGGAGUUGGGGAGAGCUUUAAGAAGUAUCCUGACUAUGAGUCCAAGGGUAUCAAGGCCCACUUCAACCUGGAUGAAAGUGGUGUCCUGAGCCUGGAUAGGGUGGAGUCUGUAUUUGAGACAACAGUGGAGGACCAUCCUGAAGAGGAGUCCACACUCACUAAACUGGGCAACACCAUUUCCAGUCUUUUUGGAGGUGGCUCCACUCCAGAGGCCAAGGAGAAUGGGACAGACACCGUACAGGAAGAAGAGGACACUCCAGCUGAAGGGAGCAAGGAGGAACCUGGGGAGCAGACAGAACCUAAAGAGGAAGCCAAGACUUCAGGCGAAGGGGACACUCAGCCUCCAACCCCUGAACCAGUCGAUGGUGCAGUCCCUGAGAGAGAGGCUGCAUCAGAGAAAGGUGAAGGGGUAAAACCAGAGUCCCAGGAACCAAGUGAUCAAGGGGAGCCAGGACCAGAGGGCAAAGCUCAAGCCCCUGAGGAGGAAAAGAAGCCAAAGGUGGCCCGAAAGCAGAAAAUGGUGGAGGAAAUUGGAGUUGAACUGUCUGUGCUUGACCUUCCUGACCUCCCGGAGGAUGAGCUGGCACGUUCUGUGCACAAACUUCAGGAACUGACACUUCGAGACUUAGAAAAGCAGGAGAGGGAGAAGUCGGCCAACAGUCUGGAAGCCUUCAUCUUUGAAACCCAGGACAAGCUCUACCAGCCGGAGUACCAGGAAGUAUCCACGGAGGAAGAACGGGAGGAGAUCUCUGGGAAACUUAGCUCGGCCUCUACCUGGCUGGAGGAUGAGGGCUUUGCUGCCAGCACCAAGGAACUGAAAGAAAAGCUGGCUGAGCUGAAGAAGCUGUGUCGUGGGCUUUUUUUCCGUGUGGAAGAGCGAAAGAAGUGGCCCGAGCGGCUGGCUGCCCUGGACAGCCUCCUCAAUCAUUCAAACAUCUUCCUCAGGGGUGCUCGGCUAAUCCCAGAGAUGGACCAGAUUUUCACUGAGGUGGAACUAAGCACACUGGAGAAAGUCAUCAAUGAGACGGGGGCUUGGAAGAAUGCCACCCUGGCAGAACAAGCCAAACUCCCCAGCACUGAGAAGCCAGUUCUGCUUUCCAAGGACAUCGAGGCAAAGAUGUUGGCUUUGGACCGAGAGGUUCAGUACCUGCUCAACAAGGCCAAGUUUACCAAGCCCCGGCCCCGGCCGAAGGACCAGAACAAGACCCAGGCUGACCCAUCUCAAAAUCAGAGUGCCAGUGCCCAGGAAGAGAAGAUCAUUCCACCACUGGAGGAAGAUGCAGAGCCUGUUCUAGAGCCCCCCGUGACUGGAGAGAAGGCUAAGAUACCUGACUUAGGGCUUGAUCUGGGCGACACUGAGCCUUUAGAAUUGAGUGGACCAGGGGCAGAUUCAGAGCAGAAGGAGCAGCCGCCGCCACCAAGGCCACAGGAGACCCGGUCAAAUGAUGAGCUAUAGCUGCCCCCUCCCCUGUCAUCCCCUUCCUCUCAACCACUUCUAUUUAUUGUCCAAUGGGGGGGAAGGGGGUGUGUCUUCCCCUGGGGUUCCUAAGGAGGGAGAAUGAAGAAGCAGCUUCCAGCUCCCUUUUCCUUCUCAUGGGGAACACUAGGGGUUAAAUUGGAGUUGCCAUCUCUUUCCCAGGCCUUGACAACACAAUGAAUGUUUCAGAACACCCCAAGUUCUCUCACUAUACUUGGAGGUGGGCAGGAGUUGGCAUGCCAACAGGCAGCUGAGAUGGGCUGGGUGCAGGGGUACAUCAGGAAAAGGGGGGGCUCGUGCUGUACCCUUGGGAGUAAGUACCUGCUUGUGAGAGAGGGGAGGGCUUCGGGAGAUAUGGGGCCCUGCUGGCCUGGCAUGUCUGAGCUCCCCCUCAGCAUCUCCCCACCUUCCCUCUUACCCUUUUUCUCUCUGAAUCUCCAUGGCCACUAAACAAUUGCUUUCCCAUGUGCACUUAACUUGGGGGGAGGAAGGGAGGGAUUCUGAAGGAACUAGCAUCCUCUUGGUCUCUAAGUUGGGUGUCUGGCUCUUCCCCUCCCCUCCUUCCUCCCCCAUCCCCACCCAUGUUCUUUCCCUAAAAGAGCUGACCCAGUUGCAUUUGCUCCUCGGCGUCACUAUCCUGGGGCUCUGCUCUUUCCCAUGGCCUCAUUUCAUAUUGGGAGAAGGGGUUAGGAUGUGAAGAGGCAUAAAUUGGCCUAUAUGUACACCUAGGACAUCCUCCCCAUAGCUGAGGCAGGGAGAGGCAAGUUAGAAAUCCAGAACUGAGCUCAUUCACUGUGGGAAGAGAGAGAGGAAGUCUGGGCUGGGGGCGGGUAGAUAGGAUCCUGAGCACAGAGGAUAGGCAUGGGGUGGCAGUGCCUAGCAGGCACAUCCCUUAGGUUCUGUCCCCCAGAUGCCCUAGUUGCUUGGUCUCCCUUCCAUUGUCUCUCAGGCCCAGCCUCUCCUGGGCAGACCAAAAUGUGCUUUCUACUGUGAGCCCCAGCCCCGCGGCGAGCCUGCCAAAUGCCUUUUGGUUCCUCGAGAAUGCCAGGGAAGCCAGAAGUUAGAAGUAGGGGUGGGGGGGUGUUCAAGUCAGUUCCUGGGGGGGGGUGAGGGUUUUUAGCCUCUGCUGUAGAUCCAGGAAUAGAAUCCCUUCUCUCUGGGAGCCUCCCUCCAGGGUUCUGCACCAGGGGCUAAGGAAUAUUGCUCCAGCUGGAGGGAAGCCAUGUUGUAUCUGUGUCUCCAUUUCUUUUCUUUUUUCUUUUUUUUUCUUUUUUGCCACAUUGGCAGAAACAGGGACCUCUAGUGGUCUUGCCUCCCCUCCCCUCCUGUGCAUUUGGGUUCUUUGACUAGGAGUUGAGGCUGGUUGGACAGUUUUGAGUCAAAUUGUACUUUGAGACAUUGUUAAUUGAGAAAAUGGUUUCAAUAAAAUAUUCGCUUUUCUACAA